AUGAGCGAUUUAAGUUUCGUAAACAUAGGACAGCAGUCGUUGAAAUUAGGUGAUGGUGUGGAGACGAGCUCAAAGGAUGUCGGGCCUAUAGUUGAUCGGCCAACAUUUUUCACAUCUAAAAUCGGCGCUCGCAUCAUGAAGCUACGAGGUUAUUGGUACACUCGACAUUCUGUCUGUUCCUCUAGAGUCAAGUGGCUCUGCGCUGAGAGUAGACACAAGCAGUGUCACGCCAUCGUCGUUACCAUCGGUUGCAUGACAGUAGACAGACAGAACAAACACACGCACCCCCCUUUAUUGAAUGCAUCGCGUCAAACCGAUGUUGACUUCCUACAGCUUUUAGAUAGUAAUAAUCGCUUGAUGUCCUCAUAG